CUUUUCAAAUACCUCCAGGCUUAUGAACAUUCGACCGCAAGUCAAAAGCCCCAGCAAAAAGGUGUGAACAGAGAGAUUGGAACCUUGGAACUCGACAUGAUGAGAAGAGACAUGCUGUUCACAGGUCUUGAGUACACGUAGGUACCGAUUACGAUAGCUACAUACAGGUAGGAGCCUAGAAAGUGUAUCUCGUAUGUACAGCGACCUAUACAUCGGGUGAGUGUGACGUGCGACGCGAAAAAGGUACAUGUCAAGGCGCGGUUCGAGGUACCUGCUCAUAUAGCUAUGUACCUACAUACACAUUUAGCUAGGUGUAAGUUGUUCAGGGAAGGCGGGACACGUAAGUUCGUCCUUACUUGGCAAGCGUUGAAGGUAUGUGCUUAAACAGGAAGCGGCGAGAAAGAAAGAGGAGGAAACCACAUCCUAGGAACCUCUUGCCUGACUCUCAAAACCCUUCUCCCCUCAUUCUUCCCUCGUUCACCUUCCUAACUACACCCAUCCAUCCUCCAUAUCUCCCACUCCAAGGCGCAUCUCUAUUAUCAUACCUAGGUACCCUUGGACAACCCGAACCUUCGACAUACUUGGCCCAAAGACCAUCAUCCUAUAGACCGACAAGAAAAUGACCAAUACUGUGGUUGCAAAGAGGGCUCCGGCCCCAAAGAGCAAAGAGGAACGUCUUCCUGUUACCCUCUUGAGCGGUUUCUUGGGCUCUGGGAAGACAACCCUGCUUGAGAAAAUCCUGACAGAUAACAAUCAUGGCCUCCGAGUUGGCGUAAUCGUCAACGACGUCGGCGCCUUGAACAUCGACGCUGCCCUGCUAUCCAAUCACGAUGUAACCCGAAAAGAGGAACAGGUCGUCGCCAUGCAGAACGGCUGCAUCUGCUGCACUUUGCGUGGCGAUCUCCUUGAAGAAGUUGCCCGCCUCGCCAAGGAUAAACAAGUCGACUACCUCGUUAUCGAGAGUUCCGGCGUCAGCGAGCCAAUGCAAGUGGCCGAGACGUUCUCUGAAGAAUUCGCCGAGAUGUCGAUCAUGGCUGGCCACGGUCUAGAGGUUGACGACGAGAACGAGAUGAGCAAAGAACAACGAAUGCGUUUGGCCAAGAUUCUCAAAGCCGGCGGAUUGUCCAAAAUUGCCCGUCUCGACACCUGCGUUACCAUUGUCGACGCGGUCAACUUCAUGCAAGACUUCGCAACCGCCGAUUUCCUCAAAGACCGGCAGACGGAUGUCCCCGAGGAAGAUGACCGCAACAUUUCCGACCUCCAGGUUGACCAGGUGGAGUUUGCUGACGUCGUCGUGAUUAACAAAUGUGACUUAGUAUCUAAAGAUGAUGUCAAUCGUAUCAAGGGUACCGUUCUGAAUCUCAACCCCGGUGCCAAGAUCAUCACUUCUGUCAAAUCCUCCUUUAAUCUCAAGAAGAUUCUCGAUACACACACGUUUUCAUAUGAGAAGGCAGCUCUAAGUUCCGGCUGGCUGAAAAGCAUCAAUGAGGAAAUUAGCCCCGAAACCGAGGAAUAUGGAAUCGGGACGUUCGUCUACAGAGCACGACGACCUUUUCAUCCUCGAAGACUCUGGGACAUGAUACGGGAGGUCUUUAUCGUGAUUCAAACAGCAAACAAAGAUGAAGAAGAGGAGGAGGAGGAGGAUGAAGAUGAUGAAGAUAGUGAAGAUGAGGAAGGUGAGGAUGGUGAAUGGGAAGAUGAAUCUGAAAGUGGCGAGAGCGAAGCAGAAGAGCCUCAGCCACAGUUGGAUACCAAAGCUCGUCUUGCAAGCAAGAUCGCCAGCCCAACUUUCGGUCCCCUUCUUCGAUCGAAAGGAUUUAUGUGGCUAGCAACGAGACCUUUGAUGUUUGGUGAAUGGUCGCAGGCAGGCGUGAUGCUCACUAUAUCUAGUGGAGAUAUUUGGCGCUGUGAGAUGGAUGAGAGCGACUGGCCAAAGGAUCCCAGGGUGAAAGAGGCUAUCAGACGCGAUUUUGAAGGAAAGUGGGGAGACCGACGCCAAGAAAUUGUUUUCAUCGGACAACAGAUGCGUCAAGGAGGCGAGGAACGCUUGCGCAAGGCUCUUGACGCAUGUCUCCUGACCGACGAUGAAUUUAAGGACUGGGAAAGGGCCAUGGCCGCCAAAAAUCCACAGAAGGUCUUGGAUCGGCUAUUCACUGAUGGCUUUGAGGAUUGGGUGAUUGAGAUACACGAUGAUGAAGAUGGUCAUGACCACAGCAAUGGCCACUAAUUAACUCUCAGCCCUGGUUCAGACUACGUUAAAUGUAUUUCCUUCAAGUAUACCUAGCUACACGUGCUUCAAUCUUGUCUUAGCUAAACGCAUGUAUCUGACGAAAAGAGGGGGGAGGGAUUGAAGAGUCCUUGACGAAGUUGUGUACAACAACAACAACAAAGUAGCUCAAACUAUCGUAGCUAGUGUAUUUGAGAGAAUAUGCAGUGUCGCCGUAA